UACAUUAAAAAAGAGAUUUUUUAAGAAUAUACUAAUUUUUUUUAAACAAAACAAAAGAUCAUUAAAUAAUACUAAAAUUUGAAAUUAUUUUGAGAUUAAAAGUCAUUUGCAGUUUGCAUUGUCUUAAGUAAAGAUGUGUUAUAUGGAAGCUGGUACUGCACCACAAUGUCCUAUACCAAGUGUGGGUGUAAUGAAUUCACUAGUUACUCUAUUAGUACAGAGUAUAUAUGCGGCUCAGUGUAAUAUUUCCCAUGCAGACUAUUGGCCUAAGGAUUAUGCAGAAACGGCUUUGCGUUCAGGUCUCGAGGCUUUUGAUUUUGUGGUAAUAGGAGCUGGUUCGGCUGGCUCUGUAGUGGCCAGUCGUUUAAGUGAAAAUCCUAAAUGGAAAGUUUUAGUUCUGGAAGCUGGUGAUGAUCCCCCACAAGAAUCAGAGAUACCAAGUUUCUUUUUUGGUCUACACAAUACUAAUUAUACCUAUAGUUACUAUACAGAACCCACUCGAACUUCUUGCAAGGCCUUUAACGAUAAUAAAUGUCACUGGCCACGUGGUAAACUUAUAGGAGGUACUGGCGGAAUUAAUGGCAUGCUUUAUGUGCGAGGUAAUCGUUUUGAUUAUGAUCGCUGGCUAGAGGAAGGCAACACCGGUUGGGGUUUUGAUAAUGUUUGGCCCUAUUUCGAGAAAGCCAUAACACCAGCAGGAAAUCAUACACAUAUUUGGGGAUAUGUUCCCUACAAUGAUUUUCCACAAUUUGAUGAAGAUAUAUUCUCCAUGAUUUUUAAAGCCUCUAGUGAAUUGGGCAUACCUCGAGUAGAGGAAUUUGGUGAAGGUAGUUAUAUAGGUUAUAGCCAUCUCAAGGGUACCAUAGAAAAUGGUCUACGUGUUAGUACUGGUAAGGGUCACUUGGGUAGAGUUGCGCAAAGGCCCAACUUAAAGGUAAUUAAAAAUGCUCAAGUGACAAAAUUGAUUUUUGAUGAUAAAACAGUGAAAUCGUUGGAAUUUACUAUAAAACAAAGAAAAGAACUAAAAGUGAAGAUAAAACGUGAAGUUAUUCUAUCAGCGGGUACUAUAGAUUCUGCUAAAUUGCUAAUGCUUUCCGGAGUGGGUCCACAAGAAAAAUUGAAGCCUUUAAAUAUACCAGUCAUUAGCAAUAUACCCAUAGGCGAUAAUUUACAAGAUCAUGUUGCAAUUCAAUUAUUCUUACGCUUAAACGCCAGUCCACCUGAUCAGAAACAACUGCUCGAUAAUAUUUAUCAGUAUUUAAUACACAACAAAGGACCGUUUACUUCUCAAGGCACUACUUCUCUAGCUGGUUUUAUAAAUACAAAUUUAUCAUCUAACUCUCUCUAUCCUGAUAUGUUAUUUCAUCAUUUUAUUAUUAGACGUGGUGAUGUUAAUGGUUUUGAUUUGCUUUUAAAUAGUUUUAAAGUGAAAUCACAAUUCAGGCCCUUCUUUAGAGAGUCCAUUGAAAACUAUGAUAUGUUAAUUAUAUUUGCCAUAUUAUCUCAUCCAAAAUCAUUGGGAGAUUUAACACUUAAAUCUUCUUCUCCUCAAGAUCCACCCAUAAUAAAGGCAAAUUAUUUAACAGCUUCAAAAGAUGUAGAAGUAUUACUGAGAGGUAUGGAUUACAUAAUGAAGAUGGAACAAACUGAGGCCUUUAAAGAUAAACAGGCUGAAAUUCUACAAAUACCCAUAGAGGAAUGUGAUCAAUUCGUAUUUAAAUCUUCAGAUUAUUGGAGAUGUUAUUUUACUUAUUUCUCUUCUACUUGCUAUCAUCCCGUGGGUACAGUUAAAAUGGGUCCUUUAUACGAUGAAAGCACCUGUGUUGAUCCUAGACUUAAGGUUAAGGGCGUACAUAAUUUACGUGUUGUGGAUGCAUCCAUAAUGCCUUAUAUUACCAGUUGCCAACCCAAUGCUCCCACCAUUAUGAUUGCAGAAAAAGCUUCCGAUAUUAUCAAGGAAGAUUGGUUGAACUAUGAUUUUUAAUUGUAAAGUUUUAUUAUAAUAAUCUAUGUAAUAUAAUAAGUUCUAUAAAAAGUUAA